GCUCCAGGCCUACGGGAACGGUUCAUGGGAGUGGCACCAUGGCAGGUGCAGGCCGGCACCAGAAAUUCGAACGGGCAAAAGUCCGCCCUCCCCUCGGAUCUCAUUCCUCCCUCCUACCCUCCGGCCCUACCUCCAUGACCACAGCAAAACCCUCUCAAGAAAAACCAAAAGAGCCCUGGAGCCUGGCGGACUUCGAGAUCGGCCGCCUCCUUGGCGAAGGCAAGUUCGGCAAAGUCUAUCUCGCAAGAGAGAAGCAGAGUGGGUAUGUUGUUGCCCUGAAAGUGAUAUUUAAAGCAAAGAUGGAGAAGUAUCGUUACCACGCCCACCUCCGGCGAGAGAUCGAGAUCCAGCACAGCCUCUCCCACCCCAACGUUCUCCGUCUCUAUGCCUGGUUCCAUGACGAGACUCGAAUUUUCUUGGUCCUCGAAUACGCCGCCGGCCGCGAGCUCUAUAAGUUGCUCAAGGACCUCAAGCACUUCUCCGAGAGGCGUGCCGCCACGUAUAUUGCAAGUCUCGCCAGGGCACUGGCGUACUGCCAUGAGAAGCAUGUAAUUCACAGGGAUAUCAAGCCUGAGAACUUAUUGCUGGACAUGGAGGGCCGUCUAAAAAUUGCAGACUUUGGAUGGGCUGUGCAGUCAAAUUCCAAGCGACGUACAAUGUGUGGCACCAUUGAUUACCUUGCCCCAGAAAUGAUUGAGAACAGAGCUCAUGAUCAUGCAGUUGAUAACUGGACGCUAGGUGUUUUAUGCUAUGAGUUCCUUUAUGGUGUUCCGCCAUUCGAAGAAGAUGACCAGAAAGCCACUUUCAGAAGGAUCAUGAAGGUCGACUUGAAUUUCCCUUCCAUACCUCUUGUGUCUGCUGAAGCAAAGGAUCUCAUUAGGAAGCUACUGGUGAAGGAUUCAUCUAAGAGGCUCUCCCUUCAGAAGAUCUUAGAACAUCCUUGGAUAGUCAAAAAUGCAGACCCGCCAGUACAGUAGCAGGCUGCAAGGUUAGAAGAUAAAGGCAUGUACGUUGAGAUUCGUGCAUUUAAAAUAACGAGAGUGGUAAGGUGAAGGCAGCAGUCAAUGGGCUAAGAAUUCUUUGCGAACUUUGCAGGAAUUGACCGUUCCCUUCCUGCAAUUUCUGUACGCUGUAUAUUUAACAUCGUUCAAUUUGCUUUCUGUUUAAUUGAAUUAUCUCUGGCCGCAUGUUGCUUUGUAUGUCAGGGGUGGCCAGCUCUUUGUACUGAGGUACAUGCUCGUUCCUACUGUAUUUCUCAUUUAACUACUAACAGGGUUACCAUAUUUAUAUACAGGGUCGGCACUCCUGAUGCUGAAUUGGCAAUUCAGACAUUGUCCACCUAUUUUUCCUACUAAUCUUUCACCUGGUAUUUGUUGUAAUUAAAUUAGUGGCAAGCCAUGGUGAUUUAAUAGAAAUUUAAAUUCUUU